CCGCAGUGGAGCAAGAACUGCCACUUCACUAUCGGGAGGAUUAGCAAACACUGAGGUCCGUUGCUUCUCCUCCUCCACCGGCUCUGACGCGGUCAGAGUCCAGAGAGCUGAACAGUCGGAGAGUGGACGACCAGCUGCCAGGAGGACAUCUCUGCUCGGCUAUCCUCUAAGCUGCACCGCCCCACUGAGAGGAUGAAGGUCUCUGUGGCUGCCUUCUUUCUCCUCAUCAUCAUCCUCACCACUACUGCUGCUUUUCACAGCCAGCCAAAAAUUCCUGAGGCGGUGAACCAACCAACCACCUGCUGCCUGAAGUAUCAUGAGAAAGUAUUGCCAAGGAAACUGGUGGUAGGAUACCGAAAGGCCCUCAACUGUCACCUGCCAGCAAUUAUCUUCGUCACCAAAAAGAACCGAGAGGUCUGCAGCGACCCCAGCAACGACCGGGUCCAAGAGUACAUCAAGGAUCCCAGCCUACCUUUGCUGCCCUCCAGGAGCUCAGGGGUUAAAAUGAUUACAUCAAAGAAAGGCCAAUCCAGCUCCUAAGCUCCCCAUGAGGACCAGGCCUCAGGAGAAGCCCAAGCUUACGGAAGGAAGGAACGAACCUACGAAGAUGGGGGUAGCUUUGUGCUCUGAAACUAGCACAGCCACAUCCGGAGAAACAGGCCAAUGAUUGAAAUAAAGAAAAUGUAUUUUGAAUAUUUUUUCAGUCUCGGGAAGAAAUGCCAAAGUGAAGGGAGGUAGGCAGAGAUACGUUCUUAACACACAGAAAAACUUCUCUCACGUCCUUCUCCUUGCUGUGCUUUUAACUCCUCACCUCUUGCCAACACACCAGCCAUUCUGAAUAGUUAGCCAGGUUCCAACCUGCCAGACCAUCUCUGGCCUCUGGGUCUUGACCCAUUAAGAGCCCUCAGGAACUCUUAACUUUUCCUUAUCCCUUUUUCUGGACGUAUUUUUUCUUCCAUUAUUCUUUUCUUUUAUAACAUAACUUUUUCUUAGCAGGUCAGGGUGGGAAUAUUCACAUUAAUCAUUUUUGUCCCUGUUGCCGAGGGUUUGUUAGAUCCUGCUCAGAUUCGGUCUUCCCCGGGGUGGCAUGGGUACAGAGAGUGCCUGAUCGAAAACGAACAGGCACAAAUCUCUACCUCCCAUGCUAAGCUUCGCAGGGCAUUAGACAAGGUGGGGGGUAAACUCUUGGUCCAAAACUCAAGCAUGCAAUAAAUAAAUCUUCCUUAAUUGCCAACUUCAUUCCUAACUUCCUGUCUUUUUUCUGCUAGGGUAAAAGAAGCUUAAUCUCAGUUUUUCAGGGACUUCUCCCCAUUCCUUGAGAAUUUUGUCAGGUUUGGGGGCUAGAGGGUUUACAUAGCACCAAGGCCAGACAUAUAGAUUCAAUCUCUCCCUCGAUCUCCAACUCAGCAACUGACUCAGCUCCCUUUCGUUCAACAUUGUCUCAAAAUGCUGUUGUGAAGACAAAACAAAAAUCAGGCGAUUGAGGCUAGAUAAUUAAGAGAAGCAGAUAAAUGUGGUGAAGUGAUCAUUUUGAACACUGUCCAUUCAGUGAAUUGGAUUCUAGUAAUUGGAUCCAUCGCUGCCCCCAGAGGCCCAGUUGCUAACACACAAGCUCCUGCCCAGGCCAAUCUACCCAGAGUGGCCACCUGACCCAGCUGGCCAACCAGCCUCUCAGAGAGAUUUGAAAUUUGGACCUGAGAUACACAGACUGGUUGCUGCUAGAGGAGAAGCGAGUUUCUGGCGGCGUCCCAGGGGGAGAGAUCUAUGAACUUCUGCCCUGAAGUCCCUGGAACUGCCUCAGUUCCUGUCCCCACUCCAGGCUUGGGGCUAGUCUUUCAGUUCGAUGAUAUGCCCCAGAAACUUUCCCAUCAUCCCGCCUUUAAAAAAAAUUCCUUGGAAAAACAAGCACCACACGUACUCAC